AUGAAAGCUACGUCAAAGAUACUACGAUAUGGGUGGCGACAUCAGACAGCCCAUGCAUCAUUACUAAGGUCGUUUACAAGCUCUACAUUAAAUCGACAGAGCCAGGGAAAGACAGACUUGGCAAGGAUCUUUGAUGAUCAGAAAUAUUUUGACGCCUUUAUUGGCAGCAACUCUGCAUACACAUUACCUUUGUCCUUUACAACACAUGAUACUGGAUUGUUCAAGAAUGAGCAUUUAAAGAGUCCACUGGGGUUGGUACUGUUUUCAAAGCAAUCUUUGGAGGAUGCCAAAUUGCUAGUUGGGGAAAUGUUGAGCAACAAAACCCAUCAAGGCAAAUUAGAUUACAUCAAAAAACUAGACCAGUUGUCUGAUAUUCUCUGUCGGGUCAUUGAUGUUGCAGAGUUUAUCAGAAUAGCCCAUCCUAGUUCCAAAUGGAUCAACGCUGCACAGCAAACACACGAAAUCCUUUUUGAGUAUAUGAACCAACUAAAUACCAACGUAGAACUAUAUACUACUUUGGUUGAAGUGCUUAGUGAUUCACUGAUAACAUCAAAAUUGACUGAUGAAGAAAUAAAGGUUGGUGAGUAUUUGCGACAAGAUUUUGAAAGAUCAGGCAUUCACAUGGAUCCGGAAACAAGAGACAACUUUGUCGCCAUAACCCAGGAAAUCUCAUUACUUGGCUCGCAUUUUAACAAUGAGAUUAGUUCCUUGAAUUCACCUUGGUGUAGAGUCACUGCCGAAGAUUUUGAAAGCAUUGAAGAUUCACUGUUAAAACAGGAGAUUCUUCUGUUUCAAUCAAAGUAUCAAGGAGAGAAAGUUGCAAAUGAAUAUUAUGUGCCCUUGGUUGCCCGCCUUCCGUACUCCAUAUUAACAAAGUGUAAGUCAAGCGAGUUGAGGCGAAAAGUAUGGGUUGCCUUACACAAUGCAUCUUCUGAUCUGAUUAGUAUUCUUGAUAGGUUUGUAACCUACCGUGCAUUGUUGUCAAAGAUGUUAGGGUACAAAUCGUAUGCUCAUUAUCAGCUAGAGCAUAAGAUGGCCAAGUCCCCUGAGAAUGUUAUGGCGUUUUUGAAGAAUAUUCAAAAGUCUUUGAGAAGCACGUCCGUGUCUAAUGAAUUGGAACUAUUGAGCAAGUACAAGGAUCAGAAAGUAGAGUACAAGGAUAAAGAUUCGUUGAUACGUAGUAUAGAACCGUGGGAUCGGGAUUUACUACUUUCGAGAAUGCAAGAGAAUAAGCAACAGGAUGUAGGAGUCCAGGAAAAGAUUUCAGAGUACUUUUCUGUAGGAACGGUUAUAGCUGGGUUGAGUAAAUUGUUUGAGAGUUUGUACAAUAUUUCAUUUGUUCCUGAAGCUACACUACUGGGUGAGGUGUGGGACAAUAAGCAGGUGAGGAAGUUGAAAGUUAUUGACAACGAAUGCAAUCUGGUUUUGGGGUACCUUUACCUUGAUUUUUGGUCUCAAAAAGUUAUGCCAUCACAUUUCACCAUUGUUUGUCUGCGCAGACUUCACUCGUGGGAGAAUGAAGCGGAGUACAAAAAGAAGGUGCAACUUGAUAAAGACUACCAAGUUCCAGUCAUUUCAUUAGUUUGCAACUUUAGCAACAGUUUUGGAAACGGUCCUACACUAUUAUCCCUAGACCAGGUUGAUACGAUUUUCCACGAAAUGGGACAUGCAAUGCAUUCAAUGAUUGGAAGAACGGAGUUGCAUAAUUUGUCUGGAACCAGAUGUGCUACGGAUUUCGUUGAAAUACCUUCAGUAUUGAUGGAAUCAUUCAGUAAAGACUUGCGAGUCUUGACAAAAAUCGGUAGACACUAUCAAACCGGUGAGCCAAUUCCCCAAAAAUUACUCGAACAAGCACAUCAUGACAAGAACACCUUACUGGCUUGUGAAACAUUUAUGCAGAGCAAAAUGGCCACCUUAGAUCAAGCAUUGCACAGCACCGAGAUUGUUGACAAGUUGGAAACGGGCUUAAAUGAAGUGGAUUCAACGGAGGUUUAUCAUUCAGUCGAGCAGGAUCUUGAAGUCUUUGCGGAUAAGUGGUCAACGUGGCAUGGCAAGUUCCCUCAUUUGUUCUCCUAUGGUGCGGUAUAUUACCUGUAUUUGCUUGAUAGAGCUAUUGCUGAGAAACUUUGGCAAGGCUUGUUCCAAAAUGAUCCAUGGAACAAAGAAGCUGGAACGAGAUAUAAGAGUAGCGUCUUGAAGUGGGGAGGAACCAAGGACCCCUGGUUGUGUCUUGCUGAUGCAUUAGGGAUUGAAGAGUUGAAAGAAGGUAAUUCUAAUGCCAUGGAGUUGAUUGGCAAAAAUGCCAGCUUGUAA